UGUGUUGAAGAAAAAAAGCAACCACAACAACAACAACAUGGCCAACAGAUUCGUGUCAGUGCUGAUGGUUUCAUCUUUCCUGCUGGUGGUGGUUAACUUCGAAGCAGCCAGUGCGCUGAAAUGCUGGCGAUGCUCGUCGGACGCCUCAACGGCCGCCUUCUGUGACGAUCCGUUCACACAGGACAUCAUCACGGAGCAGCAGCGACGCUGGAGCUACGUGGACUGUAGCUACCCACCGCAGGUCAACUACCAGUUCUCGCAGCAGAACCAGCAAACGCGACCGGUCUGCAAGAAAAUGAAGCAAAUCAUUAACGAUCGUGUCGUGGUGUCGCGUUCCUGCGCUUACGAGGACAUCAACACGCCACCCAACUCCUGCCUGAACGCUCAAACGCCGUCCUACAUUAAGACCGAGUUCUGCGAAACCUGCCUGACCGAUGGGUGCAACGGUGCAUCCCAGUAUGGACCGGCGGCACUGAUGAUACUGAUCAGUGCACUCGUCGCUAAACUGCUCGCCUGGUAA